UGUGCAUCCUGCACUAUGCCACCCCUGUGCAACUGUAGCUGGUCCUGGUGUUUUCUCUUCUUUCUUCUAGCUCUGAACUUUAACCACGCAUCAUUCGCUCCAGAUUUCUCGGAUUUUCUUUACACAGUACUGAAGAACCACACCGGUCAUGCCUGUGAGGGGGAGACACUGACCAUCAAGUGUCCCUCCAAAACCACAGUGGCUGUUCUGUCUACGUUCUACGGCCGCCGAAUACCGAGUCAACACUUGUGCCCAACCGCAGAUGCAAACGUCACAGAGGAAAGCACUGACUGCACGUCCAACAUCGCCAUACAGAAAGUGGUGUCCGAGUGCCAGGAUCAGAGGGUGUGUCACAUUCAUGUAGCCAGUCCCAUGUUUGGACAAGAUCCCUGCCCUGAAACUAGCAAGUACCUCAUCGUGUCAUACAAGUGCCGUCCCGCACUUCAUCAUUUGAAGACAGUGUGUGAGAAUGAGAGGCUGAGACUGGCUUGUAAGAAUGACACCGUGCUGGCCAUCUACUCAGCCACAUUUGGACAUCUGGGGCAUGAUAGCCACCAGUGUCCUCAAGGGAAUGUUAAGCCUGACAUGGAAUGCUUGUCUCCAACAGCCCUGAGAAGGGUUUCACGAAAGUGCCAUGGUAGGACAAACUGCUCCCUGUUGGCUGAUGUACAAAACUUUGGAGACCCCUGCUUUCCGGGUACCAGCAAACAUCUGCGUGUUUCAUUCAUGUGUGUACCUAGGUAUCUGUUAGAAGAUGUUGGACGAGGACGUGGCGCCGACCCAUUCAGAAUCUCUGAUUAUACACAUGGUGGCUGGUACACUGGUCCUGGUGUGUACAGACCACAAAACAUUUUCACCAACUCUUUGGAAAUCUUUUCCCUGAUCCAGGGGCUUCCAGAGACAGUGGCUCUAUACUUCGUCUCUGGUAUCUGUGCUGGUUUGGUCUUCCUGCUCUGUAUAUUCGGUGUAAAAUCCACCCUGGUGAAGGAUGUAAAGGACCUAGUGUCCGAGCUAGAAGAUGAGAUCAAGGCCGCUCGCAGAUCACGCCGCGGGAUGAUCGAGGACUUCUACGAUGACAACUCCUCUUUAGACUCUUCCUUCCAGCGCCUCACACGCUCCUACCGUGCAGCCGAUAUGUUGAGUCCAGGAAUGGUGAUGACAGUGGUUGUUGAUGAGAAGAAGGAAGGGGACAGGGACAAAGCAGAGGUGCCAAACGGAGACAUCUUGCAGCACUGCAAUUCCAGCCCCUAUGCCAUCCAUAAACCUACACUUUUAUCUGGCUGAAUUCAGAGACAAGACAGACAUGUUUAGUUCUAGAUUGUUUUACAGCUUGUGUAUAGUGUUUUAUUACUCUAAAACUUCCCCUGUAAUGCAUAAUAAAAGAAAAUGAUAGGCAAUGUCACAAACAUACACACACACACAACGAUAUAUAUACUCUGAUCAGGCAUAACAUUAAAACCACCUCUUU